AUGUUCUGUUUGGUGCUUCCAGAGUUGAGACACUGAAGAUUUGGAUGUUGAAACAAAUAAUACUUCUACUUGCAACCUUAACUAAUCUUGCAUUGACUGAGGAGGACGCCUCUUAAUCAAAUCAACUGAUUUUUCUGAAGUAUCCUAUCUGAAGACAGAUACAUUGGAUGAUGAAUCUGUAUUUGUAUUAAGACGAAGGCAGAAAAUGGGGUGCUUCCAGUCGCAUUUGGGAUCUCCAGAUCAACAGCCACUUCCCGCUGACGAAGAAGAAGAAGCAGAUCUACAGCUACCGAGCAGUGACCAACAAGAGGCCUUCAGAGAGUACAGCUUGGGAGAACUCAAAGCAGCCACUAAUGCUUUCAGCAGAGAUUUGAUCGUCUCAGAGAGCGGAGAGAAGGCCCCCAAUGUGGUCUACAGAGCCAAACUCAGCAACAAUCGCGUCGUGGCCGUCAAGCGGUUCUCCAGGCUCUCCUGGCCUGACCCUCACCAGUUUCUGACGGAGGCUAAGGGAGUUGGCAAAGUAAGGCAUAAGAGGUUGGUAAACUUAAUAGGAUGCUGCGCCGAGGGAGACGAGCGCUUGUUGGUGGCUGACUACAUGCCUCAUGACACCCUUUCCAAGCAUCUCUUUCACUGGGACAAACAGCCCUUACCAUGGGAAAUGCGCCUCAGAGUUGCUCUCUAUGUUGCACAAGUACUUGACCAUUGCAAUUCCCACAACCUCACACUUUAUCAUGAUUUGAACGCCUACCGUGUUCUUUUUGAUCAGGAUGGUGAUCCUCGAUUAUCUAGUUUUGGUCUGAUGAAGAAUAGCCGAGAUGGAAAAAGCUACAGCACAAACUUAGCUUAUACUCCACCUGAAUUUUUGCGCACAGGUAGGAUCAUCCCUGAGAGUGUGAUCUACAGUUAUGGAACUGUUUUGCUUGACCUCUUGAGCGGAAAACAUAUCCCUCCAAGCCAUGCAUUGGACUUGAUAAGGGGGAAGAAUUUGUUGCUGUUGAUGGAUUCAUCCUUGGAGGGACAGUAUGUAAAUGAAGAUGCAGCUGAAUUGGUGCAACUAGCCUCAAAAUGUCUGCAGUAUGAGGCUAAAGAUCGACCUGAUAUCAGGUUUCUUCUCUCGGCUGUGGUACCUCUUCAGAAGCAGAAAGAGGUUGCAUCACUCGUGCUAAUGGGUCUAUCUAAAACUCCGGUAACACUGCCAACUAUGCUUUCCCCACUUGGAAAGGCUUGUGCAAGAAUGGAUCUUACUGCAGUGCAUGAUAUUUUGCUUAAAACAGGCUAUAAAGAUGAAGAAGGUGCAGAAAAUGAGCUGUCAUUUCAAGAGUGGACUCAGCAAGUGCAAGAUAUGCUCAACACAAAGAAAUUUGGAGAUAUUGCUUUCAGAGAUAAGGAUUUUAAAAAUGCUGUUGAUUAUUAUACAAAACUGGUAACGAUGAUGGCGGUUCCGUCGGGUACAGUGUUUGCAAGGCGAGGGCUGUCGUAUUUGAUGGUCGGGGAAGCAGAACUUGCACUGAGAGAUGCGAUGCAGGCUCAAGUGUGCUUACCGGAAUGGCCUACUGCUUUCUAUCUACAAGCUCUCGCACUGUCGAAGCUGGGAAUGCAAACGGAUGCGGACGACAUGCUCAACGACGGGGCGUCCUUUGAAGCAAAGAGGCAGAGCAGCUGGCGCAUUUGAAUCAACAAUUUGUAGUGAAGUUUAGUUGUUGAGAGAUUGAUAAUUGUAGCAAAAAUUAGUUGAUUUAACCCAUUCUGUAAAGUAGUUUUGAUUUAGGUAGGUCAGCGGACUAUUGAUCCUUGUGAUGUUUGUUUUUGUGAUAUGAAUUCAAAAAAUAAAUGAAAGGUAAUUAGAGUGA